UAUUCUAGCAAAAUGGAAAGAGUUCUUUGUGAACGGCACGGCAACAUUUGCUUUCUGAAGACUGGAAUGAAGGAAGGACCGAAUAAGGGGAAAAGCUUCUAUAUUUGCACCGGGCGGGAUGCGACACCGUGUGAUUUCACACAGGCUGCUGAACUGCCAGCUUCUCACUGUCUCCGUCAUGAAGAUGCUCUGGUUGAACUUCAGACGUUAGCUCACAGUACAACACAAGGCACUUAUAGGCUGCUGUAUCGCUGUGUAGUAGGAAAGGAAGAGGGGCAGAAGUGGUGUGGGAGUAUUCCAUGGACAGAGAAAGCUACUACAAAGAGUUUUUUGCCAGAGAACAAGAAACAGCCUUCCAGUCUUCCUCCUGUUAAAAAUCCUUUCAAAGCCCCCAGCAAAGUAGACAAAAGCUCAGAGUGGAAAAAGCUUCAAGAAGGAGAGGUAAAGACAUUGGGGAAGUCUGUAGAGAGGGAGAGCUCUAAGAAAAGCACCACUGAUGAAAUUCCCAAAAAGAAAGCAGAGAAAGAAUCAGACGAUCAAAGCAAGUCGAAUGGUGCAAAUGUCAGAGAGGGUGAGGCAGUGAGGUCUGAGCAUUCUGAAUCCUGGAGAGAGAAAAAACUUCCUCCUGGAAUGAAGAUAAAGAAGCGAUCUUCUGAUGAAGAUAAGAAAUCUCACAGCAGUAGUGAGGUGACUGCAGAAGGAGCUGAAGCUACGGAGAGUUCUAAUAGUAGCACUAAAUGUGAAAAUGUCAAUGAAAAGCAAACGGAGAAAGAGACCAAAUCGCAAAACCUCCAAAGCCAUGAAAAAGACGAGAGAUCAGCUCCAUGUCAAAACCAAACUAAACAGAAAACUGAUGGACACAGUCCUCAUUUAUCUUCUAGGAAGACAUCUACAUCAAAUACAGACACUGAGGCAGGUCAGAUUUCUAAAAAUGCUCCAAAAAAAGACAGUCAGUCCAGCCCAGGUUUACCAUUAGAAGGUGUUUCAGCUUCACUGAAGCCGGAUAUAAAUAGUGUCCAGAAGAAAACAGUGACAUCACCUUUUGGAGAGUGGAGUGAUGAUGAUGAUGAUGAUGAUGAUGAUGAUGAUGAUGUCCAGCUGGUUUCAGUUCAGCCAGGCUCUCAGCAGAUUUCCUCAGUUCCAGCUGCACCGUUGCAGAAAACCCUUACCUCCUACCCAGGCUUUCAGCUUGUAUCAAAGGGAAAAAACCAAGACGAUGACCCCACAGCAAUCCAUAACCAGCUCACAGCCCAGCUUAAACAAAAGAAGGCCACUCUGUCAUCAGUUAAUGUGUCUGCCCUGCCUGAUAAAGGAGAGAGGCUGAAGAGUCAAGUGAAGCAGCUGGAAGAGGCUCUGGAUGCUUUAAGUCUGACCGGUGUUGCUCUUACUGGCUCUCAAGAUGUAGGCAGUGAAGCAGAGAAAAAUCCCAAACCCAGUCAUUCCAAUCCUUUUAACCGUGCAGGGGGCACUGUUCUCCUGGCAGAGGCUCCAGUCCAUUUUCAGCCAAACUCCUCUGCUAGCUCACUGGGCCUGCAGCUCAGUCAGGGCUACUCACAAAUGUAUGGAGUGAAUCCUCAAAACCAGGCCUUCUAUGGUGGCAGGAUGACAGAGAGCAGAAUGUUCGCUGUGCGUAAUGCCACAACGGAGGCCAUUGACCACCUCCAUCACUCACUGGAGUCUUGCCCUUCUACAGACACUGAGGCACAGGAUCCCAAAGGAAUAAAGGUCCAGUUGUUGCCACAUCAGAGAAAAGCCCUGGCCUGGCUGCUGUGGAGAGAAACACAAAAGCCCUGCGGGGGUAUUCUGGCUGAUGACAUGGGUCUGGGGAAGACCCUCACUAUGAUCGCUCUCAUUCUGUCCCAGAAGAAGAAGGAGGAGAAAGACUCACAGCUGGAGGGAUGGAUCUCCAAAACUGACUCGACUUUGGUGACGUCUUGGGGAACUCUGAUCAUCUGUCCUGCCUCUCUGGUGCAUCACUGGAAGAAAGAGAUAGAGAGACGCGUGAAGAGCAGUCGCCUGAGUGUGUAUCUCUACCACGGGCCUAACCGACAAAGGAGCGCGAGCGUUUUGGCUGAACAUGAUGUGGUGAUCACUACGUACAGCCUGGUUUCCAAAGAGAUCCCAGUUCAGAAAGAGGAGGCUGAACAGCCCAGUCAGGACACUGAGCCUGUGGGGUCUGAGCUGCCUCCUCUCCUGCGUGUAGCCUGGGCUCGUGUGGUUCUUGAUGAGGCUCACAACAUUAAGAACCCUAAAGUGCAGACUUCCAUGGCUGUGUGUAAGCUGCGGGCUAAAGCACGCUGGGCCGUCACUGGUACCCCCAUCCAGAACAACCUGCUGGAUAUGUACUCGCUGCUGAAAUUUUUGAGAUGCUCUCCAUUUGAUGAAUACAAGCUGUGGAAGGCUCAGGUAGACAAUGGCUCUAAGAGGGGAGGAGAGAGGCUUAAUAUUCUCACCAGGUCCCUGCUGCUGCGCAGGACCAAAGACCAGCUGGACUCUACAGGCAAGCCUCUGGUGUCUCUGCCUGACCGGAGCUGUAAGGUUCACCGGAUAAAACUGUCAGAGGAUGAGCAGUCUGUUUACGAUGUGGUGUUUGCACAGUCCAGGUCCACCCUCCAGUCCUAUCUGAAGAGGCAUGAGGGAAGAGACACUAAACAUGGAGAUGGCAGCAAUCCCUUUGACAAAGUUGCGCGGGAGUUUGGUAUGUCUCAGCAGGAUUCUGUGUCCUCGUCUCAGCAACCUCAGGUUUCCAGCACCAUCCACAUCCUGUCCCUGCUGCUGCGCCUCAGACAGUGCUGCUGUCACCUGUCCCUGCUGAAGAAGACGCUGGAUCAGUCAGAGCUGCAGGGAGAUGUGAUUGCUCUGUCUCUGGAGGAGCAGCUGUGUGCUCUGUCUUUGUCUGAAUCCUCUAGCUCGGAUCACAAAGCCACGGUUUCCCUCAACGGCAGCCGGUUUCGUUCCGAGAUUUUUGAGGAGAGCCAAGAGAGUACUAAGAUUUCAGCCAUCUUCACAGAGUUGAAAGAAAUCCGUAAGAAAAAUCAGAAAAGUGUAAUUGUGUCCCAGUGGACCAGUAUGCUGCACAUUGUAGCUGUUCACCUGAAGAAGCUGGAUCUGCACUUCAGUGUCAUUGAUGGUACAGUGAACCCUAAACGACGCAUGGACCUGGUGGAUGAAUUUAACACUAACCCUAAAGGACCUCAGGUAAUGCUGGUGUCCUUAUGUGCCGGAGGAGUGGGUAUUAAUCUGAUUGGUGGGAAUCAUCUGUUCCUCAUAGACAUGCACUGGAACCCUGCACUGGAAGACCAGGCCUGUGACAGAAUCUACAGAGUGGGACAAUGCCGUGAUGUCACCAUUCACAGAUUUGUGUGUGAGGGCACAGUAGAGGACAAGAUCUCCUCUCUGCAGGAGAAGAAGAAGGAGCUGGCCCAGAAAGUCCUGUCUGGAACCGGGUCCUCGUUUACCAAGCUCUCAUUAGCAGACCUCAGGGUUAUCUUUGGUGUGUAACAUAUAACAUGGAUGUAAUCUUCAGGUCAGCUCUGAAUUAUGUCUUUCACUUUUAUCGAUGCCUUAGCCAUGUUUAAUUGCCUUAGACCAAUGUCUGAACUGUAUCUAUGUGAUAUUACUUUUUUUUUUAAUUAAAUAAAUAUAUACUGACUGAAAAAAAAUAAAUAAAUCACUGAUUCUCAGUCACAUCCUGGAGCACCACAUGACACCUGAUUCAUUUUUAUGUAGAGCUUUAGAGGAUGCAUAUUUAAGCUACUAGAACUCAGCUGAUACUGAACAUCCUGCAGGUGUAGUUCAUUUUUCUCCAAGAUACUCUUGGUAUAUAUUUCUGAUGGUUAAGCAAAAUACUAUCUAUUAAAGUGACACUUGAUCCAAUUUACCAACAAUAAAAAAGUGAAUUAUAACUAUACUGACAAACGUUUUAGGACACCCCUCCAAAUCAUUGAAUUCAAGGGUUGGACUUGGCCCCUUAGUUCCAGUGAAAGGAACUCUUAAUGCUUCAGCAUACCAAGACAUUUUGGACAAUUUCAUGGCUCACAGUCUCCACUCUAAUUCAUCCCAAAGGUGUUCUAUCAGGUUGAGGUCAGGACUCUGUUCAGGCCAGUGAAGUUCCUCCACAUGAAUCUCACUCAUCCAUGUCUUUAUGGACCUUGCUUUGUGCACUGGUGUGCAGUCAUGUUGGAACAGGAAGGGGUCAUCCCCAAACUGUUCCCACAAAGGUCGUAGCAUGAAAUUGUGCAAAAUGUCUUGGUGUGCUGAAGCAUUAAGAGUUCCUUUCACUGGAAUGAAGGGGCCAAUGCGAACCCCUAAAAAAAAUUCAGUGAUUUGGAGGGGUGUCCCAAAACUUUUGGCAAUAUAGUGUAUGUGACCAAGGGAAUUAUUGAAAAAGAAAAUUCAGCAUGUAGUCUGGGCAAUAUUUCUUUUUAAAAAUAAUAAAUAAAAACAAAUACAACAUUUUUCAACAGAUUUAGCACAAUUUUCAUUUCUACGAAAGAAUCAGUUAGACCCAGUAUUCGAUUUAAGGAACUUUAAUGUGCAGAACUGUGUUGUUUUUUAAACCCAGGUUUAACUUUGCCUAAAACCUCAUUUGAUUAAAGCCCAACCUGUCUGAGAUUUCUAAAACUGAGCUGUAAAGGUGUGCUGGCGCCCUCUAGUAGACAUGAUGUACUAUUUGGCCUUCUCUUUUGGUUUUAUACAACUAUGUUUCUAGGUCAGUAUAUAUUGAUUAAUGUAGGGUGAGUUCAGAAUUUGACUUAACAGUUUACAUUUUUGAAUAAAUUUCUGAAAUGUUCAGGAUGUUGACUAUCUCCCACUGAAAAAUAAAUGCAUCUCCAUGUGAGAUCCAUGUGUGUUUUUAUUGAAGAAUACCCUUCCCUGUCGUCAAAACCAGUUUAAUGGCAUGUUUGCUAAUUUAGGUAGGACUUGGUUUUCACUCUGUCACUUGUUUAAUACAUUAUUUAUAUUAUUUACUUAUUCCUGGAAUCAAUAUCUCAUAUAUUAGUAACGUUACAUGAAAAAAUAUUUUCCAAAUUUAUAAACAUAUUCUUAUACUGUAUGAAAAUAGCAGAUUGCAUCUUAUGAAGUAACCUGACA